GGUGAGAACUGGGCACACCUCCGACGGAAAUCUCUACAAGACACCUCAGUCCCUCGUUGCCUCGCGAUAUCUGAAUCAAGACGCGAAACAAAGUAGAAAGGUCCAAGCGAAAAGAUGGUCGGACUUCGACAAGCGCAAGCAUUCCACACCAAUACGAACCAGCAUGGCCAACCUCUAUCGCCGAGUGACCGCGAAAAGCUUUUGAAGCCUUACCUGCCAAAACAACCAAAUCAAUCGCCAAAGAAAACCCGAGCGCCAUCCAACGAUGGACCGCGUUUUCACCACCGCCAACGGGUUCGCCCUGCGAUGCGACAACUCCUACACCUCCUACUCUUCAACAUUGUCCACGUCAUCUUUUCAGUCUACGUGAGAAUAAGGCAGAUAUACCAUGCGAUAUACGAUCGCGUUUGUGCAGUGCUCUACUAUCACCACCGCACACCAGAGAUCAUCAAGAAGGAUGUGAGGCCGUUGAGUCGUGUGCCUCAGCAUUUGAGCGUGAUACUGGAUCUGCCGCCUGAAGGAGGCAAGAAAGAUGCAUUGGAGACUGUGUUCAACGAUGCCUGUGAGCUGGCUGCAUGGAGUGCAAGCGCGGGUAUUCCAAUGCUAUCAAUAUAUGAGAAGACGGGCAUCCUCAAAUCCUCCCUUCCUCAUCUCCACCGCCGUUUAACUCGCACACUCACAUCAUACUACGGCACUACAAACCCUCACAAACCAACCAUCUCCCUUCGAUCGCCCAAUAUGUCAUCCUACAGCCCUCCCAACUCUCCAGAGCCCAAGACUCAUGGCACAUCCUCAAAUUCUGACUCUGCUCCACCACACCUCAACAUCCUACUCAUAGACGCCACAGACGGCCGGCAGACAAUCGUCGAUCUUACGAAAACUCUGGCCGAGAUGUCUCAAAGCGGGAAACUCCAACCCUCAGACAUCUCACAAGAGCUCCUCGAUGCCGAGAUCAGCGAAUCAGUUAUGGGCGAACCAGAUUUAUUGAUUGUGUUUGGAGAAAGAGUCGUCUUAGAAGGCUACCCGCCUUGGCAGGUCCGAUUGACCGAGAUUUUCUACGCGCAGGAUAAUGUUGGUGGAGUCGGGUAUCAGAUUUUCUUGCGGGCUUUGUACAGAUAUGCAAAGGCCGAGUUCAGAUUUGGGAGGUAGACGCAUGAUUCUAGUCCUUCCGAGAGGCCAUAGAAAUCUAGACCAGGAAUUCCUAAG